AAUAAACCUCAAAGCUUUUGCCCUCGUCUUCACUCGUCAAUGGCGGCCGUCUCCGGCACCUCCGAUCUAAACCCUAAUCCCAAUCCUCUCCCUGAAGACCACCGUGAAGAGCCCUUCCACGCCGACGUCCCAACCCAAAACCCUAGCUUGCCGAAGCUUCUCCACCUCUCCUUCAAUCAGGAUGAUAGCUGCUUCGCUGCUGGCACCGAUCAUGGCUUUCGGAUCUACAGCUGUGACCCCUUUGUUGAGAAAUUCCGGCAAGAAUUCAAUGGAAACGCAGGCGGGAUCGGGAUUGUCGAGAUGCUCUUCCAAUCCAACAUCUUUGCCCUUGUCGGCGGCGGCGAUAGCCCGCACUGCCCGCCGUCGAAGAUCAUGAUCUGGGACAACCAAUUGUCGAGGUUCAUCGGCGAGCUUGGUUUCCGUUCUGAGCUUCGCGCUGUGCGGCUGCGCCGUGAAAACAUCAUCGUCGUGUGCCAUCAGAAGGUUAUUGUCUAUGAUUUUGCGAAUUUGAAACUAGUGAAGGAGAUUGUGACCUUGCCCAACCCGAAGGGGCUUUGUGAGGUGUCUCAGCAGCAGGGAUCGCUGGUGCUGGUGUGCCCUAGCGCGCAGAAGGGGCAGCUCAGGGUGGAUCACUUUGGGUCGUCGCGUUGGUCCAGGUUUAUUGCCGCACACGAUUCAAGCAUUGCUUGUCUUGCUUUGUCGCUGGACGGGGAACUUGUUGCGACGGCGAGCUCCAAGGGAACACUCGUCCGGGUGUUCAGCACUGCUGAUGGAUCGCUGCUACAAGAGCUAAGAAGAGGUGCUGAUAGAGCAGAAAUAUACAGCCUCACAUUUUCUGCUGAUAGGGAGUGGUUGGCGGUCUCAAGUGACAAGGGAACCGUCCAUGUAUUCAGGCUGAAGGUUAAUCCAGGAUCAACAGAAUCUGAAGCACCUCCUUCUUCAACAGAACCAAAUGCUUCAGCUUUUUAUUCAUUUCCCUCUCUAUUAAAAGGAGUAUUGCCGAAAUAUUUUCAUUCAGAAUGGUCAUUAGCACAGUUCAGAUUGCCUGAAGGUUCUCUCUACAAAGUAGCUUUUGGUCACCAAAAAAAUACUAUUGUUAUUUUGGGUAUGAAUGGAAGCUUUUACCGAUGUGAGUUCGACCCCGUGGCUGGUGGUGAGAUGAAGCAGUUGGAAUGUCACUUUUACCUAAAAACAGAGGAAAACCAUUAGGGAUCUGGAGAUGAGUAUUAAUUAUCUCUAAUUCAUCUUGAUUUCUGUUUUGGAAAUCUUUUGUUCAGAACCAUGCAAAAAUGUUGACCUAGAGUUUUUAGGUCUUGCCAACCUCUUGCUCUAUUGGCACGGAUUUUCUCGCAUAAGGUGUUUAUCCAAGACAAGUUCAAAACCUCGCACCAUGCAGUGUGAGAGCACAGGUGUAUGUUGAGGGAUUAACUCGCCUCUUGUGCACAUUUCUGACACGUCAAAAAACAAUUUUUAGGUCUAGCAAAUAUGAUGUCUCCUAGUGUAUAUAUAUAUUAAUCAGGUCUACCCUAAACCUAAAUUUAUGUGUACAGACAACUUUUAAUCAGAUCAAAAUUGCAAUUUAUCUGUUC